AUGCCUCCUCCUGUCGGCAGAUACGGGCCCUCGGCUCUAGGUGGCCCCUAUGCUCUACAACAGCAUGUCCAGUCCCAACACCACCCCGCCCACGCCCAAUCCGCCAACUCGGCGCUUCCUCCCCCUUCGCUCGGUGGCCACCCUGGUUUUGCAGGAAACCCAAAUACCAACAUCAAUCCCUUCACCUUGUCCGGCGCGGGCCUUGCGAACGGAAUGUCCGUUGCCGGGUUCGCUGCCGGCGCAUCUGAUGGUGGUGGAACUGGCCUAGCGAGCCAUGCGGCGCAGAUGGGGUUUGCGCGAGGGGCGCAGAUGCAACAACAGCAGCUGCACCAGGCUCAAGAUGGCCGGCUGGCAUUAGAGACGAAAGCGGGCGCGGUCAAGACGCGGAUACGGGAUGUGUGGAAGCACAACUUGGCUCAUGAGAUGGCGGUGUUGCGGCAGUUGGUGGAUAAGUAUCCCUAUAUCAGCAUGGAUACCGAGUUCCCAGGGAUCGUUGCGCGACCGAUUGGGUCAUUCACGAACAAAGCAGACUACCACUACCAGACUCUCCGAUGCAACGUUGACCUCCUCAAAAUGAUCCAACUGGGAAUUACUCUCUUCAACUCCGAAGGGGAGGUGCCGCCAGCUACCGGUGCAGACUCUAACGGACAACCUUUUAGCAAUGCCAUGGUCCCCGCGCCGUGCACCUGGCAGUUCAAUUUCCGAUUCUCGCUGGAAGGGGAUAUGUAUGCGCAGGAGUCAACGGCAAUGCUCGCCAAAUCCGGUAUUGACUUUUCCAUGCAUGAGAAGAACGGCAUCGACCCCUUCGAGUUCGGUUCCCUCCUGAUCAGCUCGGGUCUGGUCCUGGUGGACGACGUCAACUGGGUCUCCUUCCACUCCGGAUACGACUUUGGCUAUUUGAUGAAGAUCAUGCUGUGCUCCCCCUUACCCGAAAACGAAGAGGAGUUCCAUAAGCUCCUUAACAUCUUCUUCCCAUCACUAUAUGACAUCAAGUACCUCAUGAAACACGCUGGCCGCAACCAAGCAGUCAACGACUCUCCUUUGACCCCGGCAGCUACCCAGAUCCUUACCAACCUGGGGCAAAAAUCUGGUCUGCAAGAUGUUGCAGACGAGCUCGGCGUGAAACGCGUCGGGAUUGCUCACCAGGCCGGAUCAGACUCGCUGGUCACGGGCGAGAUCUACUGGAAGAUGCGGCAGCUGGUUUUCAAUGGGUCCAUCGACGAAAGCAAAUACUCCGGCCAGAUCUGGGGGCUGAAUGGCCAGAUGCCCGCGAUGACCCACCACAUGCCUCACCAAACCCCGAAUCUUAAUGGGGCCACCAUCUACUCUGCCGCUGGCACUCCCGGCACCCCGAACACAGGCCACCAUACCGGUGGAGCUCACACCCCCCAGCACCAUGGAACAGGCUUCGGGGCUGUGACCCCCGGCGGAUCAAUGGGGUCCUUUCAGAUGGGCAAGAUCUGA